CGUAUCCCACAAUCGCACCCUUCACUGCUCUCGCUUUCGCCCCGCAUCCGCACCCUCGUCCUCGCGAUGCCGUCGCCCGCCACGGCCGCAGCCGCGGUCGCGGGAGCGCCUCUCCAUCGACGCCCAUGCGCGCCUCGCAGCCUCGUUCCAGCCUCCUACUCUCCCGUCUCCCCCACGCUCGCCGAGUCAGCGCGGCACACCGCCCCGGCCCCGCUGCUCGUCCACAGGCCCCGGCCGUCCCUGGCGGUGGCGAGGGCGGCGAGCCCCGACGCCGCCACUGGAGCGCGUUCGCCGCUCUCCGGCGGCCAGAUGCUGGUGUUCGUUCCGCCGCACCCGCUGAUUAAGCACUGGGUCUCCGUCCUGCGCAACGAGCAGACGCCCUGCGCCGUCUUCAGGAGUGCAAUGGCUGAGCUUGGUCGUCUGCUCAUAUACGAAGCCUCCAGGGAUUGGCUGCCUACAAUCACAGGAGAGAUCCAAACGCCUGUUGCUGUUUCAAGUGUUGAAUUUAUUGAUCCAAGGGAGCCUGUUAUGGUCGUUCCAAUUCUGAGGGCUGGUCUUGCUCUAGCUGAAAAUGCUUCAUCGAUUCUGCCGGCCACCAAGACUUAUCACCUUGGACUACGUAGGGAUGAAGAAACACUUCAACCUUCAAUAUAUCUCAACAACUUGCCAGACAAGAUCCCAGAGGGGACUCGUGUGCUAGUUGUUGAUCCAAUGCUGGCCACCGGUGGGACGAUCGUUGCUGCUGUCGACUUAUUGAUUGAUCGAGGAGUUACAAGCAAACAAAUCAAAAUUGUGUCAGCUGUUGCAGCACCUCCUGCACUACAAAAGCUCAGCAACAAGUUCCCUGGGCUCCAUGUGUACGCAGGAAUGAUCGAUUCUGAAGUAGAUGAGAAAGGGUACAUAGUUCCAGGGUUGGGAGAUGCUGGUGAUAGAAGUUUUGCUACAUAAUCAGGCCAUUCAGUUUUGACGCAUCUCUGUUCUACCAGAAAAAUCGUACAUGCAGAAUUCUUGAGGAUUGCCCUAUUGGAGUACUUAAGAGUUAAGGCUGCAUUGCCUUAUUCCAGAUUUUGUUCCUUCUGUGAUAUACUUCUGAUUCUUAUCAUUUUGUAAUUAUUCAUUUGUAUGAUUACAAUGAAAUAUAUGACAAACUCAAAUGUCGUUCCUGAAGAACAGUUUGUUUCUAAAUAAA